AUGGCCGAGUCCUCGGAAGCCCUGCGUCGUCUUGGACUUCCAUUGCAGAGCACGUGCCCGAUUCAGCUGCGUGCCUUUCCUGCGCCUCCUGCUCAUGGAGGCCAGAGCGGCGGCACGGCACCUUCUGGACCCACCCGGGACAGCCCUGCAGAGAUUCGGGAGGCUCGGCCAGGGCCGGCAGGGCCAGACCUGGAUGCGGAAAGCCUGGAGCACGUCAAGGCCCGGAUGGAGGAAGCGGUGGCUGAGCUCGGUCUGACUGCUGCGCUCCUACCUGUUGACCCGCAUCCGCCUUACUAUGAGCAGUCGCUGGAGUGGAGGCGUGAUCGACUCGGAGCGAGCAGUGUUGAGGAGCUGUGCAAAAGUGUCGUGAUGGAGAACACAAAGCUUGAAGGCGAUGCUGAUGGACGCGUCCGAUCUGUGCUGGUGGUUGUUCAAUAUGUGGCAAAGCUUCACAAGGAGAAGUUAAUCAAGGUCGUACAGGCCAUGGAAGCAGAGAGGGGAUUGCCAGCUCUGGGUAAGAAGCAGUACAACAUGCGUUUGCUUGAAGGAGCUGCGUGUCAAGCAAUAACCGGCUGCGGUCAUAAUGCCGUCACCCCGUUGAAGCAGGAUCUGCCCAUGAUACUUAGUGAUGCGAUUACGAAGCUCCCUUCUGGUCAGUUCUGGCUGGGCGGUGGACAUGUUGAUCUCAAGCUCCGACUGCAAGUCGAGGAGGCUAUUCGUGUUAUGAAGAUGACUGUAGCAGACGUAACCGCCUGA